CACCUGCGACAAAAAUUAUUUAUCGUCAAACACUGGGCAACAGGAUAUCUACUUCCUUCUCUUAUAUGACGACAAAUCUUAUAAGAGAUUUGUCUGAAGUUUCUUAUGUAUGCACCACGGCUGAUUGUUGGAGUGGUCAUCGAAGGGCUUUUAUUGGACUUACUGCACAUUGGCUGGAUCCGUUAACCCUCAAGAGAAGGUAAGCCGCUUUGGCACUGAGGAGGAUAAUUGGGAGGCAAACAUAUGAUGUUUUGGCCAACGAAAUCAUGGGUAUCCACAAGUUCUAUAAAAUUCAUAAUAAGGUGGUGAAUAUGGUGACUGACAAUGGAACCAACUUUGUCAAGGCAUUUAAAGUUUUUGGAGAAAAUGAAGAAGAUAGUUGAAAUUAAUAGAUAAGAUGCUUUCUGAAAAGUUCUCAGAAGUAGAACAAGUUAUGGAACCUUUGGCGAUCUCGUUAAAAAUCUUGGAACGGGAAGAUAAUAUGGAGCAGGGAUAUCUAACUCCCGUUCUAUCGAUAUUGAUAGAUAAAUUAACGAAAUUUAGCUGCCUGCGGUAUUGUCAGCCCCUUGUAGAUAGUGUUCUUAGAGGUAUUGAUAAAAGAUUUCCUUCACUGUAUGAAGACAGUAACAUUUUGGCAGCCAUGAUUCACCCUAAACUUAAACUUAAUUGGCUUUAUAUUAAUCUGCCACAAAAUAUGAUGGUAAAAGAAAGAUUAGUUGCCCAUUUGGAAAAUAUGCAGGAACAACCAUAUGCGGAUACCUCAAAUGAAUGUAUGAAUGACAUUGAUGCUUUUUUUGGGAAAAAUACUGUACAAAAUGCUUGUUCCGUUAAAAAAUUUUUUUAUUCGAAUGAUGAUUCCAUGAAUAUUUUUUAUUGAAUAUAAUACACCUUU